CUUUUGAAAAUACAUUUCUUUCUAACUAAUUCGAUAUUGAUUCAAGCUUUAUUCUUUGAUUUCAUUAUGUUAGUAAAAUCACACUUGCUUUGUCGUCCAUGAUCGAUGGCGGGGAAGGAUGCGACUGGGGAGGAGCCGCGCGGGUUCUCACCCAAUGGAGUGCAUCUGUUAGAAGAAGCCUAGGCCAUCAACACACUGUAAUAUCGUACGGAAAACUGCUAAAUCGCAGAAGAAGAAAUGAAACCAAUAGGCCGAAUUGUAAUCAUGUAGAAAAGAUAUAUCAGAUUUUUCUUACUGCUGGUGGAUCACCGGUUUUUUCCUGUGCACGAAAAAUUCCGUAACACCAUGUAUUGAUUGUACUAGGCCCAGUGACGUCAGAAGACAUCGUGAAAAUGUAGAGACUUGUCCUGUCACUCGGAAAGAGGAAAAAAUGGCUGAAAGAGUCGGGAAAAUCGGAUUAAAUGCAGGAACGCCAUGGAGUCUAUUCGCCGAAAAUACAGCGUUUGAAGACACCGAAGGGUUAGUACAUCCGAAAGGAAUAAACACUGAGGCAGCAAGAUUGCAUAAAGAAGAUAUGCGGCUGUUUGGCGUUUGCCCUGCUAAAGAUGGUUUGGUUCUAGCUGUUUGCAAAGAAUGCAAGUGCAUCUUGCAGGUAUCGUCGCUGAUUACCCACUACGAGAGAAAGCAUCCUAAGGUUUUGUCAUCUAUAAAGCGAUCACCGACCAGAAUAUGUUCAGUGACAAAGGAAAUUCUAUCACCGUCACACACAUUCGGAAAAUCAAAACUGUUAAAAUCCCCUGGGGACAACAGCUUCAUCCGCAUCGAAGAGGUGGACCCAACUGACAUCAAUGUGAAAAUCGAAGAGGUCCCAUUGACGAUACCGAAUUUCAACCACACCGCUAAAGGCAAAAUACCGAAGAUAAAUUUAAAGAACGUGAUUGGAAACAAAGCGAAGGCCGGUUCUGAAAAGCAGACGUCAACCUGGAAGGGACAACACAAGAAACAGAUUAUUAAUAAAGAUAAAGAAUAUGAUCCAGAGAGACACUGUGGUGUUUGGAUCGAAGAACAGACCAGGAACUGCACCAGGUCACUCACGUGCAAGACACAUUCGUUAGCAUCUAGAAGAGAAGUAUCGGGGCGGUCCAAAGUCUUUGAUGCCCUGUUGGCUGAUUACAAGCUGCGCGUACAGAGCAACAAGGAGAGUGGAUCGUCAUCAGGCACCAACACGCCGACUGCAACGCCUUCGCCAACCCGGUCGAAUCCUCCCAACUUCACGUUGAAGUCAGAGCGACGACUUUCAAGUGCAACGGACCCAAGAUCACCGUCAUCAAAAGAUUCUUUCCGGUCUGAAGCUAAGAAACAUUCCUUGGGUGACGAUCACACUUCACCAUUUACGCAAAUACAACCUACCUACGUGGAUUAUAUCUGCGAAGACCAUUCUUCGUCAAUACAAACAAUUUCAUAUCACCCAAAACCUUUAGCAGUAAACAAUUUCUCUGCCCGGCGCAUUGGAAGUGGAUGCUACUCUUUUAACAAAAAAUUCCACAGUUUUCGGCUUGCAGCCCAAACUAUGGUGGAUCAACUCAUAAAAGCGAACUCGAACACGGUGAAUUCUCAGCAGCUAAGUUAUAAGCGUUUUUCAGCGGCUGAUGGCAUUUGCUCCACCCAAGUCCUUGAUGAGGGUGUCAGUACAAUGGACACUUCAAACUCAUUUACUUUGAAUUCGUCAUCAACCACAGAACCAAGUAGAUUUGGACCAGUUCCGCGUGUGAAGACGAAAGUCUCUAAAGAAAAUUCUCAAGCAAAUCUUAAACGACAGGUUUCUGACUCGUUUUUGAGUGAACAUUAUUCGUCGUCACGAAAACGAAGGCACUCUGCAGACGCACUUAAAAAUGAAUUUAUUAGCAAAGAUGGAAGUUUAUCAGAUAACAUCGUGAAUGAUAGUAUUAAUUUAAAGGAUCCAACUGCUGUCGACCUUGCAAAAUGCGUCAAUGAAUUAGGACAGGCUUUACAAGGCUUUGAUGUUGAAUCAUUGGACGGUAAUUUCCUAUCAGGAGCAUUGCUUUGCACUGAUUCCGCACAAAGUGGAAUUUCUAACUUGACCAUAACAGGAGGUAAUAUAACUGCGAAUCUGAAUACAAACAUCGGGUUGAACUCAAGUUUAUCAUUAUGUCAGACAAUGGGAAUAAACCAAGGUUUGCCACAGAAUUUAAGUAUAAACCUUGCCGGAUCGCAGAAUGUCGUUGUAGAUCAAGGGCAGGUUGUCAAUCACAUGGUGGCCCCGAAUGUGGCUGUAACGCAGGGAAUGAUGGUAUCGCUACCAAAUGUUACCCAAGUUCAAAACCUAGCUGCUUACCAAGGAAACCUAAAGGAGAUUUUACCUGCCCCCGGUGUAGGGAACCAACAGAGUGUUUCGCCGGGGGUCUUCCUCGCGACUCAGGGUCAGCAGCCUGUUUCUCAGUUGGCCAAUGGAACUGUCUCGUCUCCUGAAACUUUUAGUAUCGCAUAUAGUCCUGGGCAAAGUAUCGCAUCCGCUAACAUCAACGCAAGCAUACGUGCAGCAAACUCCUCGACGUCGGCCACCAAGCGACUUGCGGUCUCCGGGCCUUCAAGAGUAUCGCAGUUGGUUGUACGGCAGCCUUCGCAGCAGCUGCAGAAUUUUCACAAAGAUACAAACAAUCAAAGAUCAAGUCCAUUUCAAAAACCUUUUGACUCACGGAAAGCCCCCAGCCCAAGUCAGGCAGUGCAGAACCCUGUAAGGUCGCCUUCGCAACAGACAAACCUUGUCACAACCUCUACGCAGCUACUAUCCAACACCCCACAAUACAGUUCAACAUCACAACCAAUUGCUCAACUGAAGCAAAUGCAGAUCCAGCAACUGCAACAACAAUCCAUGAUAUCUCCACUGAACUCAGCAAUGCAAGCGGAAAGUUUGUCGUACCAGCAACAAAUUUUACCAAAACUGGUAGUUUCGCCUAAUCGUAACCUUCCGGCGCAAAUCGUGAGCUCGCAAACUUUGCAAGUGACCUCGCAACAUUUGCAGCAGAGGUCUGUUCUUGAACCAUCGACACCGUAGUUAUCCGGGGUAAUUAGCUUUUUUAAGGGUUGAAGAUGAUUGUUAAUAUAUCAUACAAGAGUUUGCUCAUUUUUAUUGCGGGCGACAAGUCGUAAGCACUCUGUCCUGAAUUUCACUGACAAAUACUUGCAAGAAACAAUUGUUCCAUUAUCUCGCAAUGAGUUACUUCAUAUUAUUUCACGUACUUCUCCUUUGUUAUUGAAUUUUCAAAGAACUGCUUAGAACAAUUGUUACUUGCAAAAUCAUAUUAUUUUGGCGAAUUUUCACAAGAGUUGCAGCCGUACCCUCCGGCAAGUUUAAAUGAUCUUUUGCCAAGAAUUGAACCGCAAUUUUCAUUAGCUUUUUGAAUAAAUGAAGUUCCAAUGUGUACAUUCUGAAAUUUUUCUCUUCUUUAGAUUUUUGGUGUAAGUUAAAUUAUGUAGUCCUACAAAUAGUACCUUUAUGCUAAUUUAUCGUUGCCGAAGAGUUGAAAUCAUUUUUUGAACUUAUCUUUUUAAAUCUUUUAAGAAAAUAUUGAUGUUUUGAUUUAGGUGCUGAAAGAUGUGUUCAGUUUUGCCAGCUAUUUAAGUGGGUCGAGCUAGCUUCCAAAAUUCACUCCCUAGACAAUGAACGGCAGGACUCUUUCUCAAAUGAAUUUUAUUCCCCCAAGUUGCAUCUGAAAUACAAGCCCAAAGGAUAUCUAGGAAUACUUUGAUAUUCGACAUCUGCAAAUAUGUUUCAGUAGGGUCUAUAUCAUACGGUUCCCUCCAGUACUUUUAAUCCACACAGAGAAUUCCCCUUAUUCCAGACGGAAAUAUCUUUAUUAAUUGUUUUAUUGAUAACUUGGCAUUUAGGCCAAUAAAAUCAUCUACGACGGUGAUAUUGUACAUAUAGCAUUGUUUGUCUCAACAGAAAUUAAUCGCAUUCUUGUUAAAUGUUCUUACUCGUCUCCAAAACUUUUUGUUGAGCUUCCAAUUAAUUUGGAGGUCACUCUUCGAGCAAUCAGUCGAUAGUUGUUAUGCAAGGAUUCAUGUUGUUUCGUUUCCUUAACUAAGGAUUGAGAAUUUGUCACUAAGCGAAGUACUUUUUGUUAUUCUGUUCCACGUGGGUUUUGACGUCUAAAUUUUUGUUUCUAGGUGUUAAUGCAACUUCCAUUCUUUUCUGUCAUACGAAUUUGAUAAAUAUCAUGCCUUUUUUUAAUUUAAAUCAGAGUUAGCUCAACUCUU